CAAUCUUCAUCAUAUCCUUCGACUAAGAGAGAAUCGGAUGGAAUCUGCUCUCCUAAUGCAAUCAUUUCUUCCAUCUUUCUCAUCAUCCAUUCGCGUGCCUCCUUCAUCAUGUCCAGGUCACUGACAACAGCAUGGAAUCUAGACAGAAUUGCAUCACUGAUUUUCAACUGCUUUUCGGCCAGUACCUUUGAGUACUCUGCAUUUUCGGCUCGAAGAGUUUCGAGAUCUCUUUUCAAGCUGCCGACUUCAUGACACUUGUUUUCCAAUAUUUCCUUCUCAUUUUCCAAACGAUCAAGCUCUGUCUCCUCAGCGAUCACAUCCUUUUCCCAAUCAUCUCGAUCUCUUCGACGUUGACGCUCCGCUCGCGAGUCCAUACGUUGUCUUUCGCGAAGUUUACCACUAAUCACUCCAUCUUCUUGUCUGAACAAGAAGGAUCAUCCUUUCAGUUGUUCGCGAUUUCAGUUAUCAUCUAAACCUGACUUGAUGUUUUCGGCAUCAGAAAUCGCCUUCCUUAUUGCUUGCUCAAGGUCCCACUUCUGCUGUAGUAACUUAGCUUCAACGUCUUCUAAGAGACUUUUGCAGUCUUUCAAUACAGCAAGAUGAAGAGCCCUGGCAUCACUUGGAUUCUCAUCAAUAAUAACCGUAUCUUCAGAGUAAGCGCUCGGAUAAAGACUUCUGAUAUCCACCACCAGUUUGUGGUGACGACCUUGUUGCUCGGCUAGGGCACUUUUGGUUUUUGGAACGGCCAUCCAGUGCUGUUUGCACAGAUUCUCGAGCUCUGCUUUCAGUUUUCUCAAAGUGAGCUUAUUCUGAUCCACUUCAGCUAUGAGAGCUCGAGCUUCAGUCCCACACAGUCCGUUCGUCUCUUCCUGAGCUUUGAUCGCGCUUUCGACUUCCGCGAGUUUAGCGCGACAUUCCUUUUCUUGUCCACGGACUGUGGCUAGUUCAACGUUCACAGCGUCCAAUGUUUCUGCUAAUAACUUUUCGUCCUGAUCCGUCUUCUCCUUAUACUCUUGGGCCUUGGCGAUAUCAUCGUCAAGACGUGCAAUGUCUUGCUGCAAGCGGUCCACAUUUCCUUUAUCUGCCUCCAAUUCUUUACAUUCUUCGGCAAUUUGCUCAAGAUUAGCCUCUAUAGUCUGUUUCUGAGUAUCAAAAUCUUCCUGUUGUUCAUACCAUUGUCGGAGACGUUCGAUGUUAACAUCGAAUGCUUCAUCACUUUCCAUGAAAUCCUUUCGAUUUUGAAUGUAUUCCUUGAAUACGGUAUUCAUCCAACUGUACUUAUACGCCUUCAAGGUACCAUUUGAAUCAUCUCCACCGAGGAGUAGCUCUUGUCCGACCUUGCCUUGAAGUUGAUUGCAUACCUUGAUAUUAUCGAUCAACCAGGUUAGGGCGCCGAGUAGUGUGGGCCAUGUAUGGGCCGCUCCUAUGGUUUGCAUGGUGCUCGGUUUGAUGGCAGUGGGAUAACCUAGCUCUCGAAAGAUCGCAGGCACCUCUUCAUUGACAUUCUUCAACUGGAAAUCAGGAUUGACGUGUUGAUAGAUGCUCUCAAACAUAGAGAUAAAGUCCUGCUUCGUAGGCGACCGGAUAACUCGUUCUGGUAGACAGUUCUCUCCAUCAUGUUCAAGAAGAAACUCGUAAAUCGUUCGGACCAUAUCACACUGAUACUCUUUUGAAGUUAGCGGUCUAGUGUCUUUGAUAUUACUGGUAAGUGACCUGAACACAGAGUGUCUACGUGCACUGGCCGGUACUGCUCCACCGAUGCUGAAUCGAGGUUGGCCAGAGUUGAAAUCACUGAAAUAG